ACUAGCCCCACAAAACUGUGCCGCAAAGAGCUUUUCAGAUUAAACGUUAAACAAUGUUUUACAAGUUCACAUGCAAUUUUCUGAGUCAUGUUAAAAGAGUUAAAUGUUGUUCAAAUGUAAAUAGUAUAUAAUAUAUAUGUAUGUAUAUUAUGUUCUAUACUGAUGCAGGUUUGUUUGUAAUUAUAGUGUCAGAAAGUGACUUUGUUAAAACCAGUUAAUUUAUAAAAUGGCAACAAGUUCUCAGUCUUCAGUUGAGCUGGAUUCGCAUGAAGUGAAGGACUAUAUUUGUAAUGCCUGUGAAGACAAGAAUACUGUUGAGACCAGUGCUGAUUUCUAUUAUAAACAGUGUGAACGGUUUUAUUGUGGAGGCUGUAUUGAUCCACAUGGUAAAGCCUUGGCUAAACAUACUACAUUUGGAAGGGAAGAAAUAGAUAAAUGGCCAGUUUCAAAAAAGGUGGUGGAUUUUCUACAAACUUGUGAUGUUCAUAAGGACCAUAAAAUUGACCAAUUCUGCAACCUGCACAAACAGCUGUGCUGCCCUCAGUGUGUAUCUGAUCAACACAGCCAGUGCAGAGAAGUGACCCAGAUUUCGGAGCUGACCAACUCGCAGCCCUCAGGCCUAGAGGGGCUGUCAGUGGAGCUGGAAACUGUCCUGGGGGAAAUUAAAACCCUGCAGAUCAGUCAGGAGGCCAGCAUUCAGUCAUUGCAGAGAACAUACAAUGAACAUAGGGAAGUUAUGAUAGAGCAAAUGCGUGGCAAUUUAAAUACUUAUAUAGAUGAAUGUGAUAAUAAUUCUGUGGGAACAUCAGGCGGAAAUGAGCAAUAUUUAAAAGAAGAGAUGUGUAGGAAUGUUGUUUCUAUCUUGAAUGAAUUCGAUAAUAUUACUGCGAAGGAACUUAACGAGAUGAAAGAUGAAGUUAUAAGCAUAAAAGGGUCAGUUACAAGUUCUAUUCAUAAAUGCACCAGUCUUCACAAUGACUUGUCACAUUUCCAUGAAAUUGUUCAGAAAAUUGGAGAUCAUAAGCAGCUCUGCCUUAUAGCCAGCAUAAAAUGUAAGCAUAUAAUACAGCAGGCACUGACUCUGCUAGGAAAGUCAGGCAAGGUGUUUAAGGUCCAGCGGAAGUCUGUGCACAAUGUGAGAAUACCAAGUGAUUCAAAUUCAUGUCAUAUCACAGGCAUGUGUGCUCUCCCAGAUGGACAGGUCCUGGUUGCAGACAGGGAUAAUAAGAGAGUCAAGCUUCUGAGCCAGCAGUACAAGGUGGUGAGUCAUUGGGAUGUGAAUGCUGAGCCACAGGAUAUAUGUCAGAUCACACCCAGUGAGGUUGCAGUACUGGCUGUGAAUAUUAGCAACAUACAUGGGGUCCAGUUUAUCACUGUCAACCAGGGAAAGCUUGUUCCUGGCAGGAAGUUUCAGUUACAACAUGAAUGUAGAUUUAUUGCACAUCACCAAGGAGACCUUUUUGUCACAUCUGUUCGAGAACUGUACAAAUACACACUGAAUGGCAAACUGAUCUGCAGACUCUAUGAAGAUUUUCCUUAUGCAGUAGUACUAGACAAGUGUGCUGUGAGUCCCACAGGAGACAGGCUGUACAUCACUAACUGGGUCCAUGACAAGCUUCUCACCCUGGCCAGGGAUGGCACACUCCUGGCUACAUACACAGACCCAGCACUACGUAACCCAUCUGGUCUACAUGUGACCCCUGCAGGCCAGGUGCUGGUCUGUGGAUGGCUGUCUGACACUGUACUACAGGUGGGCUGGGAGGGAGAGAGUAAGCUGGCUAUGCUGGCUACUGAGGAGGAUGGACUGAGGAACCCAUGGUCAGUCUGCUACAGCAGCACAACAUCAUCUAUCAUUGUGGGACUGUGGGGGGACAACAUCCUGGUGUUCAGAGUGGAAUAGUGUGUACAUUCGCUGCUGAGUCAGGACAAGGAUGCUGAGGAUGUGGUGGACAAGGAUGACCUGAAUACACAGAAGCUGACACUGACAACGAAGAUAAUUAAAAAUCUGCACCAGCAGUGGGGUUUGCCUUUAAGUUGCUGUUUAAUCAAUGACACUAACAAGGGAGAGAAUUGAAGAUCUGUAUCAGCAGAGAGCACCAGCAUUGAUAUGUAGUUAGCCCAGCAACAGCUCCAGUCCGGCCUGCAGGAGCUCCAGUCCAGGGCGACCCUUCUUCUCUCCUGACCCCAAGCUACUCCCCUAGACCUCAGGCCUCAAAGGGUCAGCAGUGUUUAACAAUUCCGUUCUGCAGGAAAUUCUGAGCACAUCGAGAUUUCAUGUGCUGUUCUCAACUACCGCUAUGUCCGUUUUGAGUUUCCCACACUUGCAUCUGAGUAGUUUUGUUUAGCUGGAGUGCCUGAGUGGGACGAGUGCUAAAGACACCAGGAGUUAUAGCAGUAGUUUUGGUAACGCUAACAGUCAGUUCUCGAUGUUGGACAUCACGAAGAAUGACCAGUUAAAUAACGUGUUCCAUUUUUUUAUGGGACGAACAGAAAUUCAGCAAAGAAUUUGAGAAAAUCAAGAAACAAUUCAAGCCAUGAAUUCAACAGUGUUACCUUGCCAAGGGGAAUACUUUUGAUGUUGAUAGUGCAGGCAACAGUAGCUGUGCGGACUUUCACGGUUUGUCCUUUCAGGGGAAAAAGUGUCCUAAGAGAAUGCGCUUUUGACGCUAAUGCUGACAAAGGCAGUAAUGACUAGGUUGUGAACAUACAGAACACGAUACAUCAAUGGGGUGUGUUCUUCUGGCGCGAAAUCCGCGAAAUAUUGGAAACACUCUGCUAAAAGCGAACAUGUGCGUUUUGUUACGAGAACUUGAAACUCCGAGCCCAAAGGGCAUCGUAUUGAUUCGAGGCUAAAGAAGGCCUUGAAAUAUGACAGCAUUUUUGUUGUAUGAUCCAGUGCGCCAUUCGACGCUCAACCGAAGUUACUCAGAACUCAAACUCAAUCCUUAACAAUAUCAGUGAGGCCAGCGUGUCAUCUCAGCUUGUUGAGCUUCAGCAAACAUGAGCCAACAAGACAAACAUUAUUGUACAAUCCCGACCCCCUUUUGCAAAAAUAUUACAACUCUCUCAAGAAAUUCAGCACGAAAUCCUCUUGUGUCAGCCUUACAUGCUUCCUAUCAAGAUAUUUUCCCAUGUUUGCUUCAUCAACACUUCCAACAGCGGAUCCUUGGUAAUUUAGACUUCCGUUCCAGCGUGGAUGGGGCUUAGCAAUAAAUUGAUGCUGGGCAACGGCAAAUUGUUCGGGACGAGUCGCUCGAACGGAAAUGAUCUGACCCAACAGAUAGCUUAUAGUGAUGUGUCCAUUAAUGUGACUGACCUCGAUAUGUUGCUUUUAAAUAAUGCGAACCUUACACCAGAAGAACAGUCUGCGAGCAAUUAAGGCCAUUUAACAACCGUUGUUGUCUGGAAUUCACGGCUUUGGGUUGACGAAUUUGGCGUCAGGACUUGCUCUAUCUUUGUCUACGGCAGCAGCAGCAGAAACAACAAAAAAACAGAUUGGUAACCAGCUGUACAACAGGCUCUCUUGCCAGCUGGGCCCAGACACCCAGGGACACUUCCUUCGCAUGGGUGGUGGUGGGUGGCUCUCGGCGAAGGACUUUUGGGCAGUUCAACGUGUCCUACUCGCAGAGUGCAGCCAAUCUAAACAUGGGGCUCCACAUUUUCCUGGUCAAGAUUACCUUAUCCAAAUAGUAGAUUGAAGCCUUGUCCUCAAAAGUUCAGGUCCAAAGAAAGAUGGUGACCAACUGCAACUCAGCCACUUCAUCUCAAUAGGACAACAUGCCAGUGAACAAGGCACCCUUCCUAAACCCUCGCCGACUGCGCUAAACGGGAACCUUAAUAUACAUGAGAUUCCAGGCGGAAUGUAAAAUCUGUACCACUCUGAUCUCCAGUAGCAGCCCCAGCCGUGGGAGGCCGAUUCAUGAUGCACCUAUGGCCUUAAUUAUCUCUGAACAUCCCAACCUCACAUGACCUGUAGGGCGGGGAUGUAUAUAAAUGAUCAUUAAAUCCCACAAACCAAGGAGAGGUUAUAUUGGAGUCAAUUUUAUGGGAAGGGGGGUUAACUAAACGUGUGCCCACAGUUGCACAGAGCCGUUGGUUUGUGUUCAGUGUCAAGCAGUAUCCUAGCAAUCAAGUCAAGUCAGCGCAGCAGCAACAACAGAUGCAGCAGCAGUCGUACGCAAUACAUCAACAACACUGGUGCAUAUGCAUUAAACUAUAAAGAAGAAAACCGGAUAACAAAGCGUUGAUUUUGUUCUGGAUGCAUUAGCAGUCACAGUACAUGAACCCACAGUAGUCAUCUUCUCGAGAUUCUGGCCUCUGAACCAUCAGUCUAUGAACAUAAUGCAGAGCAAUCUAGGGACGCCAAUUGACGAAAUCAAACUGACCAAUCAGCAACAAAGCCUGUUGCAGCAGUUGUUACCAUAUUGACCCCAGUCAAAUCAUGGAAGCUUAGACAUAAAUACUGUUUAAGAUGUGCCAGUCUCUACAGACCUCGUGGCCUGUUAAGCACUUACUCUGACAGGUGUCAUCUUUGGAUUUUGUGACGGGUGGAAAAUGAAUAACCUUGUUCAGAUUGAAAUGGCAGAAUGAAAAAGCACAAUUCACGCGAAAAGCCAUAUAUUAAUUUGACCAGCCAUGGUUUGUUGGAAGAAAAACAAUCUGUCAUGUAUUAUGGAAACUUUGAUGCUGUCAGUCAUUAACAAUUGAUGAGAUAUGUUAAAUGUUUUUAAGUAUAAUGAGAUUAAGGUAACUUGAUAAAGGCGUGUAUGUUAAGUAAUACUUUAAGCCCACAUAUUGCACGUCUAUAUAAUUACUUUGUUUGUAUUACGACACUUGCAUCUGAUAACGUUAUAUGCAUGGAAAAUAAAUUUUACUUCAGACAUUCUUUCAUACAUUGAGCUUGAGAUAAUUCAAAGCUGUAUAAAUGAUGCUGGUAACUUGGACGCAAUCACAAAAUAUGUAUUGGAUUCGGUUCAUGUAACUUGUAAUGCUGGUAACUUGGACGCAAUCACAAAAUAUGUAUUGGAUUCUGUUCAUGCAAUAAGCAUGUUUCAGUUUUCUGUUUUUACAUGCAAUAUAGAAAUGCUAGCUAAAAUAACUGUGCAGAAAGGUUGAGAGUUUGAGGCUUCCUAUUUGAUCUGUCUGUCUUUUUCUAUACAAUAAUCUUAUUAAGUUUGCUCAUUUGGGUCCGUAUUUUAUCAAGAAUCUUGUUAAGUAUGGCAGUAUUUGAAAUGAAUAUAAAUUGAAUGUAGACAACAUUAUUUAAUCUUUCAAUUGUCAGUUCUGUAUUUACUUCUUUAACUUUAUUGAUUUGAAUGGAGAUUGUUUGUUAAAUUAUAAGAUAAUUACUUUUAUUCUUUAUUUGGAAUGCUUUAAUCGUUUUGAAACUGAGUAUUUAAAAAUAAAUUUAUUAAAUAAUUAUGAUAAGGUUCAUGAAUAAAAGCCAAAGUCGUGAUUGUUAUUGUCUAUUUUUUGUUGUUAUAUACAUUAUUUACAUGCUCAUAAAUGUUGACAAUUGUGUUCGGACAUAAUAUAUGUUUUAUGUCUUACAUUUGUGUAUAUACACAUUUUGAAGACCGGAUUUUCAUGCUCUCAACUCAUUUACCGGUAGUAACUUUACCAAAAAUAAAUGUUUAUCACUGUAUGAUGGUAAAUUUUGCAACUGAUAUAUAGAGCAACUUUAAAAUAAUUGUAUGUUCGAUGUAAAUAACUCAUAUAUUGUUUCCAUUUUGAUGAGAUAAACUCUAUGUUUUCACUCCUUUGUACACAUCCUUUGUAAACGGUACAUCUUGUAGAUUUUUGGUAACGCAAACAAUUUAGCCCCUGUUAAACAUUUAUACAGGAUAACAGAUUCUGAAAUUUAGCAAUAGGAACAGGUUGUUAGAUGCAAUGCUUUUUAGUUUUCAAAGUUUACCAAGUAUUUAAAACAUUUGCUUAAUUAUGUUUUACAUUCUAAAGAAUAAUUGAUAUCUCAAAACGUAAAUCACUAAAUUACAAAUCAAGGGAGAGUUAUGUAAUAUGCUUGCAAUUGCUAAGAAGUGCAGUUGUUUUUUUCUUUUCCGGUUAAAGCAAUGUCAUUUGCUUAAAAAAGUUGUCUCCCUUGUAAGAAAAUUAAUGUGUUCACAUCUCAACAUAACAAGUAAAUUCAUACAGUACAUGUAUUUAAAAUUAUUCACAUGAUAUUCAUCAAUAAGUCUAAUGGAAUUUGUAGAAUAAAAUAUAACAUGUUAUUAUGACGAUUAUAAGUGAAUGUUUGGCACAAAAUGCCUCUUAAUCUCUAUAUUUACAACUUCAGCAAAUGUCUAAGACCAGAUUUUCCUAAAUGGUGUGGUUGUUGACAUUAAUAUUAAAUUUAGUUCAUGAACCAUAAAUGUUUUGUUGUUGAACAUAUAAAAAAAGCUUUAUGUAUAUUAAUUUUAUGUCAUAUUUCAAACAUAUCAUAUUGAUACGAUUGACAGAAAAUAAACAUUUUGCUUUAAUGUGUAUACAUGAAGUGUAUACAUGAGUAACGAUUGGUACCAUUCAAGCAUGUUAAUAAUGAACUAUAGUUGUAGUACUAGAUGCAUUUUUAGCUCAUCUAUUUUUUGGGGAAAAAAAAUGAGCUAUUGUCAUCACCUUGGCAUCGGCGUCCGGUUAUGUUUUGUGUUUAGGUCCACUUUUCUCAGAAAGUAUCAAAGCUAUUGCAUUCACACUUGGUACACUUACUUACUAUCAUGAGGGGACAGAACAGGCAAAGUGAGAUAACUCUGGCGUGCAUUUUUACAGAAUUAUGUGCCCUUUUUAUACUUAGAAAAUUUAAAAUUUGGUUAAGUUUUGUGUUUAGGUCCAUUUUAUUUGUUAAGUAUCAAAGCUAUUGCUUUCAUACUUGCAACACUUACUAACUAUUAUAAGGGGACUGUGCAGGCAAAGUUAUGUAACUCUGACUGGCAUUUUGACAGAAUUAUGUGCCCUUUUUAUACUUAGAAAAUUGAAAAUUUGGUUAAGUUUUGUGUUUAGGUCUACUUUAUUCCUAAAGUAUCAAAGCUAUUGCUUUCAUACUUGCAACACUUACUAACUAUGUUAAGGGGACUGUGCAGGCAAAGUUGCAUCACUCUAGUUGUCAUUUUGACGGAAUUAUGGCCCUUUUUUGACUUAGUAACUUUGAAUAUAUGGUUAUAUUUUGUGUUUCGAUCCACUUUACUUCCAAAGUAUCAAGCUUUGUAUUGCUUUAAAACUUCAAAUACUUUCAUGCUAUCAUGCGGGUACUGUACCUGGCAAGUUGAAUUUUACCUUGACCUUUGAUUGACUAUCAAGGUCAAAUUAUUAAAUUUUGCUAAAAUUACCAUAACUUCUUUAGUUAUGAUUAGAUUUGAUUGAUACUUUGACAUAAGAACUCUUUCCUGACAUACCAAAAUAGACUCUACCCAAACCAUUCCCAAAGCCCCCCCCCCCCCCCCCCCCCUCCAACCCCAGAAUCCAGAAUCCCCCAUCCAAUUUUUUUUGUUUUUCAUUCUUUUUUAAAGAUCAUCUCAUAAAUAAAACCAUCACACUAUACCCUCCACCGCCCCCCCCCCCACCCAAUUUUUUUUUUAUUUGUUAAAAACAAAAAAAAAUUAUUUUAUUUUUGAAAUACCGUCCAACCAUCCCACUCAAGAAUACCCCUCCCCCCCCAAAAAAAAAAAACAACAACAAAUUGUUUGUUUUCUUAUUUUUUGAAGAUAAUGUAAUAAAUGACCACACCCCCACAAUAUACACCUCUCUCCACUCCACCCCUCCCUCCUUUGUGAUUGAAGUAUUGAGAGUCCCUUCACCUUUAAAAGAAAAAUAGAUGAGCGGUCUGCACCCGCAAGGUGGUGCUCUUGUUUUGAUCAUGUCUUAAUGUGUUCGCCUACUCCAAAUAAACAUGUUGCAUUUGUAAAUAAAGCGUGUAUAACCUCUAUGUACUGUCCCAAGGUCUGUUUUCAAAUACUUGAGUACCUCAUAUUGAGCAGAGACUUACCAAUUUAUGGCAUUAUUUGUUAUGCACAUGUCUGACUUAUAUAAAUAUCUUCAAGUUCUGAGAUUACUGUUCAGGGUAUUUUAAAGGUAAAAGUUUAAAUAUUUCUAUAGACUGUAACCUGGUGUCUGUUAAGUUAAUUUUAAUACAUUUAUAAUGUCUAGCGUAUUGAAUGUGUAAGUGUCUUUAUUCUCGCCCGCAUGCAUUGUUGCUGUAUGCUUUGACAAAGCUUACUACACAACCUAUGUGUUUAUUUAUCAUUUAUAACCAGUGGUUUGUCCGCAGAGGUUACAUUAUACUAUACUCACUUAAUAAAUCAACUUCAUUUAUUGAUUUGAUAUUGUAUAUAGGCACUUCUCAUGACUGAAUCUGUAAUGGCCUUUGAAUAUGUGGUACGAAAAACAUUUUUUAUUGAAGGUUAGAAACUUUAUUAUCAGAUUUUUACAGAUGGUGGUUAACAUUUAACUGGAGUGUAGCCGGGAAAAAAAUGGCUGUAAAACAGUGAAGUUUGAUUCACGUUGAGUUAUGUCUUAUUUAUUUCAUUAUCUAUAUUUUUUGUUAAUUUGGAUCAUAAUUAUUUAUUAUAAUCUUUAAAAAAUGGAAUGAUUAUGAGGGUUUUUAAAAUGUUGCAUUUAUUUUAUGUUAAAGUUAUUGCUUUCAAUUUUAAUUUGUUAUGGAAAUAUUUAAGUUUAUGUAACUUACAGAGAUAUACAUGUUUAUGUUAGUGAUGUGCAGUUUGAUGAUUUAAGAAUUGUCUUGCACUCUGAUUAAAGUAGAUCGCCAUUGAUUCAAGUUGGAAUACUGAUGUACAGUUAAAGUGUGUUGUACUUUCAAAUAAAAAUACUAUGUAAAUAUACUUCAGUUAUCCAUUGUUUACAAGAUCACAUUUUUAUUGCUCAUCGUUGGUGUUGGUGUUUGCAUUCAGACAUAAUAAUGCAUUGCUUUAUAUGUAUAUUAUGUAGACCCGCUUUUACAAGACCACAUUCGGACAAGCUUAAAUGUAUGUAUAUAAUGUAGUUCCUUAUUUACCAGACCACAUUUUGAUGUUCUUAAAUGUGUUCAAAGCUUGACGAAAUUUUUGUUGACUAUUCGUUUUACAUUUUGCCAUUUACAUUUAUAAUUACUGAACAACAAAUAUAUUGUCAGUGUUAAUAAUUAAUUUAUUGUUGUUCAAUCAGUUAAAGUAUUUCACUGUUUUCAUUCACACUUUAAAUUAAUAACAUAACAAGUUGUAAGGUACAAUCAAUCUAUUUCAACAAGCGAGACAAUUUUGAAUGUGUUUUUUAAGAAUAUAACAUAUCUUUAUCGAGAUAGAGAGAAUGACAGUUUUGACAAUUUUAAGAAUAUUACAUCACUCUCCGUUGACUUGUAAUUGACUUAUUUUCAUUAACCAGUUUUAAUUGUUCUUUCGAUUAUAUACAAUUUAUCGUAAGAUAUUUUUUACAAAACAAUUAAACAUAUUUUCAAGUAGUUGCUUGGUUUUAAUUGUGUAAAAUGAAAAGCAAGUCAUAUAACAAGGUAUUUUAAUUUGAAGUAUGGUUUUCUCUUUCCCACAAGCACACACCAGUCAUUUGAUAUACAUCUGUACUAUAUAUAAGUUUAAUAUGAUAAAUUACAUAAGCUUUGCAUCUAAAAGAUGGAUACAACGUAAACAAAUUCAAUUAUAAAAAACAACAAGUUUACUUUUGUACACAAGUUGAAUAAACUAUUAUACAUUUUUUGUAGAUGUCAACAAGUAAAGUACUUCAGUUAAGUGCUUACCGGUAAAUAAAAAAUAAACGACACGUUGUUAACUAAAAAGUUAUCAAUUGUUUCGUCGGAAAAAAUACUGCAGAAUAUUUAUGUCAGGCAUACCAACACAGAAAAACAAAAUCUUAACAUUCUUUUUCUUGAAAUGAAAAGUAACACAUUAAGAUUAAGAACAGAUAAUGUUAUUUCAAACUAGAAAGGUCUUUUAAAUAGGUAAGGUUUUUCACAACGAAGUAUAUAAUUAAUUUGAAAUACUGGAAAUAUAAUUAACGUUGUGAUACAUAUAUAGUACAGUAAAGCAAAGUACUGUUUAACAAAACCCAUAUCAUAAGAUUUGUAUAUACUCACUUCAUGUUGACGAAAUGCUUAUUUUUUUUAGAAAAAAUACCGUGUACAGUCAAAUUAGUUUUUGUUGAUUUUCUUUACAAUUUAUUCAAUGUAUAUACAUACUUAUGUAUAAUACUAUAUAUUUUGUAUAAAAUUCAAAGUACCAUGUUUUAGCACUUAAUACCUGUCCUUUUUUGUCGGUCAUUCAGCCCAUUUGAGCCGCAUUCUGAUAAAAUGUGAUUUGAAUGCAUGCUGGCUAAGUGUCGUCCCAGAUUGGCAGUCCGCACAUGCUAAUCAGGGACAACAGUUAUCGCUUUAAUGUAUUUUUCGUUUCCAAGAAGUAUUUUUUUAGCGAAAUCAAGUUUCGGAAAGUGUUGUCGAUGAUUACCGGCAGAAUGUUAGGAUUGCUUAUCUGGGACGACAGACACUUAACGCACAUGCAUUACGUCCCUUUUUCUGACAGCGCAGCUCAUUUAAAAGUUGAUAAAAAUCAGAAUGACGACAGUUCCUUAAGAUAUAUUCUCAUUAGAGAUUGUAUGUGGAACCAAAUCAUGUUAAGGCGAUAAAUAAAACCAGAACCCUU